GAAAAGUGAAUUUUAAUCAGUAAUGAUAGAUUGUUUCGCAACGACGUUUUUAGCAACGUAUCGCAAGAUACAAAGGCAUUAAGGCCAGCGGCUAAAGCAAAUCUUUUCUUUGCGCUCCGAGCACAAACACAAGAUCAUGCGGUUACGCGGUCUUCUGCGUGUGUGGUCCCCGGCCGUCUUCUGUUUCGGAUAAACACCCGACGAGCUAUAAGCUGAAGCGGCUGCGAGGACCGUACAUUUGGUCGCAGACGCUCGUGGAAGUUUCAAAAAUUUCAAGAAAAAUAUUUUUAAAGAAAAUUUUUAACAGUCAAAAAUUGCAAGAAAGUUUUGAGCAUCAGUGUAGAAAUGGAUCUGACCUCAGAAAUUUCAAAUCAGACUGCACUUGCCGAGUUUGAUACCGUUGCAAGGUCUAUGGACAAAUGGAAAGACGUUGAGGACGUGCGGCCUCCUUAUUCUUACAUCGCACUCAUAGCAAUGGCAAUUUAUAGAAGCAAGAAACGAAAAGAAACACUGAACGGAAUCUACCGAUUUAUAUCGAAUAAUUUUCCCUACUAUCGUCGCAACCACCGUGCAUGGCAGAAUUCCAUCAGACACAACCUGUCACUCAACGCUUGCUUCGUAAAAGUUAGCAGAGAGAGGGAAGACCCACCGGGAAAAGGUCACUACUGGACUUUCGCUGAUGGCUCCCCAGAGGUUUUUGCUUUGUUCGAAAACCACCUUAACGGAGAUUCGGAGGAGCAAAAGUCUCCCGCAUCCGAGGAUCAAUCUUUAUCUUCUCCAGACACCGAUCCCCAAACUCCUGAGCUGUUGCCAAACAUUUUUCUAAAGAAACCCGACCCUUUGGUUCCCAAUGUUGCGGAAAAUUCGCGAAAUUUGACACAUACUAACAGUAAUUGCGGAAAGCGAAGGCGAUCCGAUUUCUCAAUCGAUUCAAUUCUUGAAAACCAAUGCAAAAGGUCUUGUUUUAAAACUUCAAGCCAGGGUACUCCUACCGAGUGCCACACUUCUAAUUUUCAUAGCCCAGCUACUACGUCUAUUUUUGCACCCGUGACUUCAACCAGUGAUAACGUCCAGCGACCCACAGCACGGUACCAGCAACCGAAUUCUGGAAAAGUGGAAAAAAGACGGACAAAAAAGCCGGCUUACCACUGCUUAGACGGCCGGUUCGCAUCAAAAUUAAACCCAAAACAAAUGCUUUUUGUCCCCAAACCAGCUACACCUAUUGACAACCGCCAUUUUUGUUAUGUACCAACGUAUCCUUUAUGCGGUGAACAAUGCUGGUAUUGUGACGUCGGUGCACAUUCGUACACUCAACAGAAUUACUCUGCGAAUUUCGCCCUAGCCAGAGAAAAACAUUUGAAAUCACUUCUUUUGGGUCUCAAGCCGCAAUUUGGACAGUAUAAUCCACAUAUACCAGCAAUUAACCGCUUUACCUACCCAAUGCUUCAGACUUUUCCGUGGUAACUCGUUCUGACCUAAUCUAAAACGCGUUUUCAUUUUUGGCUGCUACACGUAUUACCGUUUUAUAAUUGCGUGAUAUUCACAUAAUACUCUUUUGUAGCAAAAUAUAUAUUAUAGACUUAAAGCAUAUUUAGUAAAUACUUAAAACACAGUUAUGUUUGUUUGGUUACAUUUUUACUAGGUUACAAUUUGAGCUUCAACUUAUUUUGACCAUAAUAUAGAGACUGUAUAUACGUAGGAUAUAAACACAAGUUCAACUUCAUGUGAUACGCAUGGUUUAUAUAGUCCACGCCACAGUGAGAAAAAAAGCAUGAUUGGAAAUAUAGUACAGUGGGGGAAGACGUGACACUUUUGGCACAUAAUAUUCAAACAACCUGAUCGUGUUUUAAACAAUUAACAACGGUCUAUGAGAGUCGCGAGGAUACAGUUUUAUAGUUCUUUAAAUGUACUUUGUUUUACUGCCAAAUUGGACGAGAGAAUGAUCGAUGUCUUAUCUCCCCCUCCCUUAUAUUCAAAGAGAUUAAAACCAUAAUAUCCAAAGAGAUUGGUUUUAAUCUAUUUGCUUAUAUUGAUACAGUAGCGUUUAGAAGUUUUAACUGAUUUUACGAUUCAGACACAUUUGACAUCAGCUAAUUGUAAAUCUAACCUAACAGUGACAACUAAAGCAUGAUGUAAUAUUCUACUUCGGUCUAAAUUGACAGAAUUAUAACCGUAGCCUCGCGACUCUAAAACAGCGUUGUUAUUGGACAUGUAGUGACCAUAUUAUAGAUCAUUUUCGUCGAACAGUUGGUCUUUUUUAUUUUCGUUAUAUCUUAAUAAUUAGUUAUCGCAUUUAGCCUUUAAUGUCUUGACGAAACCAAAUUAAAUUAAACAUAUACAUAAAUUCUGGAAGAAUUCUUCAGAUUUAUUACCGAAACGUUGUGAACUUUGUUUGUUACGUCACAAUGUUGAACUGACGUCACAAUGAGGCUGCUAUACAAUUCUGAUUGGGUGGAUUGCUCACGUGACUGACGCCUCGUACCAGCUGAUUAUUCCCGCCUUGAUUGCUCCUCGCAUAAAACGCCUCUUCUAAAAAGCGAGUUACCAAGUUCCAGACGAAGUUGGUUCCACAUCACGUUACAAGUUAGAUGGUUUUAUGAAGUUUUCCUGCAAGACUUGAUACAUCAUAGUAUGUGACGUCACAAAUAAGGUUCAAGCGGACUUAACGUAAAGCAAGCAUGAAGAUAAUUAUGACGUGAUAAUAUGCACUUGCAGUCUGCCGCAAAGCAAGCGUCGACCAUUAUUUGAAUAAACACUGAAAGAAGCGUUGUAGAAACCGGGGAAUG